AUGAACUCCUCACCAGCACCUCCCUCGCACCCCCUCGAACCAUCUACUUCCUUAAACCCUCCUACCGCUCACCAGCACCUCCCUUCUUCGAUGCUAGUCCCCAGUGAAUCAGUCGAGAAUGGCAAUGCCUCCAACAAACCACCUUCGUCCGGACCUAAAAUCACUCUGAACCUACCUUCUAAUCCUGCUUCCGUAUCUGUAUCAAGAAGUUCGACACCUUCUGACGAACUUACUCCCGAGCCGCAAGAACCACCUCGAGCAGAACAAGAGGUCGAAGGACAAGACGCGGACGGUAGUAGCGAUGUAGAUAUGGAUGGCAGUCAUCAGAAUGGUCAACAGGCACUGCAAAACCCCUCUGAAGGUGAAGAAGAAGUUCCUUCUUCCGACGAGGAACCAGAGGCAGACGUAGAGCAAGAUGAAGGGUACGAAGAUGAAGAUGCAGAUAUGGAAGAAGAUGACGAUGUCGAAGAAGAAGAGGAGGAUGAUGAGGAUGAAGAUGAAGAUUACGAUGAUCCCUCUUUCGGAUCUAAGAAAAAGAGUAGUAGUAAAAAAGCGAAAGUGAAAAGUGAGAGGAGGGAGAGUGCGGGUCCACCAAAGAAGAAGAAACCUUCUGCAUCAUUCCCCAUGCGUAAAGAGAAAUCCAUCUCAUCCGACGAAGAUUACGGUACCAAAUCGCACAAGAAAAAAUUCUUCUCCAAGUCUGGUGCAUCCACCGCAAACGGCGGGGGUAGGACGACGACAGGUACACCGGAUACUCCUUAUUCCGAGGCUGACGGAGCGUGGAGACGAGGAGCAGCCAAGAAGGUGGUCACGUACAAUGAAGCUGAUGUAGAUUACGGAUUGGAGGAGAGUGAAGACGAACAAGGGGAAUAUUACGGUGCUGCGGGAGUUGAAGAGGAAGAAGCGGAUGAGAUUGAUCAAGUGCUAUAUCAUUACCGUGAUGAAGCUCGAAAAGAGGAUCCCAAAGAUAUUCCUCAGGAGAAUUUGCGAUUCCACAUAAAAUGGAAGAAUUACUCGCAUAUCCACAAUACCGAUGAGACCUACGCUUUCUUGAAGACUUACAAAGGCUUUAAGAAAGUUGAAAAUUACAUAAACAAGAUAUGGACUUUGGAUCAACAGUAUCAUCAUCCUUCACCUGAACAAACUUGGAAACCUACUUCCGAGGAGUUGGAGCAAUAUGAGAUUGAUAAAGAACGUAUAAGGGAAUUGCAAGAGAGUUAUAAGACGAUCGAAAGGGUUUUGGAUGAGAAGGAAGAAUGGUCUUACGAGAAGCAGGAAACACUGACAAAAUUUUUCUGUAAAUGGUCUAACCUUCAAUACGCGGAUUGCACGUGGGAAUCCUACGAAGAAAUGAAAGAGUGUCCAGGUGCAUUAGAGUCCAUCGAAGAUUUCCACAAACGAGCAGCGAGAAAUACCGUACCUGCUCAAUCGAUCAAUUACGGCAUCAACAACCGACCUGCAUACCAGAAGAUACCUGAAGACCCAGAUUACCUCAAAUGUGGUGGUUCGUUGAAACCUUUCCAGUUGACUGGUUUGAAUUGGCUAGCCUAUCUAUGGACCAAAGGGGAGAAUGGGAUCCUAGCGGAUGAAAUGGGUCUAGGUAAAACGGUCCAAUCCGUAUCAUUUCUUUCCUACCUAUUCCACACUCAGAGGCAAUACGGUCCCUUCCUAGUGGUCGUACCACUCUCGACCAUAUCGGCAUGGCAAAUGCAAUUCCGAGUUUGGGCACCCGAUCUCAACGUUAUCUGUUAUAUGGGUUCAGCGAGAUCAAGAGAGGUUAUCAGACAGUUCGAAUUUGGACCGCUCAAGAACCUAAAAUUUAACGUACUAUUGACCACGUAUGAAUUCAUUCUCAAAGAUAGACAGGAUUUGCAGCAAAUCAAAUGGCAAAGUCUGGCUGUUGAUGAGGCACACAGACUGAAAAAUCAUGAGUCUCAGCUGUACGAGGCUUUGAAGAGCUUCUGGACUGCUUCUAGGUUAUUGAUCACUGGUACACCUCUACAAAAUAACGUGAAAGAACUGUUGGCCUUGAUGCAUUUCCUGAUGCCUGAGAAAUUCCAACUGGCCAAUGAUUUCGAUCUUAAUGAUGCCGACCAAGAAUCCAAGAUCCAAGAUCUUCACGAGAAAUUGGGUACACUCAUGUUGCGUAGAUUGAAAAAGGAUGUUAUCAAGGAAUUACCGUCCAAAUCAGAGAAGAUCCUCAGAGUGGAAAUGUCUGCUAUGCAAACUCAUUAUUACAAGAAUAUCUUGACAAAGAAUUUUGCUGUGCUAAGUAAAGGUGGUACGCAGCAAGUCAGUCUGAUGAAUGUCGCUAUGGAAUUGAAGAAAGCUUCUAAUCAUCCAUAUCUGUUCGAUGGAGCUGAAGAUCGAAACAAACCACUUAACGAGGUCCUCAAAGGUCUCGUCAUGAACUCUGGUAAAAUGGUACUUCUCGAUAAAUUGCUUGCCAGAUUGAAAGCGGAUGGACACCGAGUUCUGAUCUUCUCUCAGAUGGUGAGAUUGUUGGAUAUCAUGUCGGAUUAUAUGAGUGCCCGAGGGUAUAUAUUCCAAAGACUUGAUGGUACCGUACCAUCUGAUGUGAGAAAGAAGUCGAUCGAAGCCUUCAACGCUCCUGGUUCUCCUGAUUUCGCUUUCUUACUAUCGACCCGUGCGGGUGGAUUGGGUAUCAACCUUGAGACUGCUGAUACAGUCAUCAUCUUCGAUUCCGAUUACAACCCUCAGAAUGACUUGCAAGCUAUGGCUCGAGCACAUCGAAUAGGUCAACAAAGACAUGUCAGCAUCUAUCGAUUUGUGUCAAAGGGUACGAUCGAAGAAGAUAUCCUCGAAAGGGCGAAGAGAAAGAUGAUCCUGGAGUAUGCCAUCAUCAAUCAGAUGGAUACCACUGGUGCACACAUCAAUGGCAAUGGUGCACCCAAGGAGAAGAACGGUGAUUUCUCCAAAGAAGAGCUCUCGGCCAUUCUCAAAUUCGGUGCUCAGAACAUGUACAAGACCGAUGAUAAUGCUCAAAAGCAGAAACUUGAAGAAAUGGAUUUAGAUGAUAUCUUGACUAAGGCCGAUGCGUUUGAUACUGAGUCUGCUGCUCAACCUGGAGGAACAUCUUUGGGUGGAGAAGGCUUCUUAUCUCAAUUUGCGGCUAUUCAAGAUGUCAAAGCGGAUGCGGAUGAUUUAUCAUGGGAUGAUAUCAUCCCUGUGGAUGAACGUACGAAAGCUGAAGAGGAGGAGAAAGCGGCUCAGAUUGCCGAAGCUCAAGCUUCGACUUCGCGCAAGAGAGCGGCUGCUAGACCGCCUGGAACGUAUGAAGGGAUGGACUUUGAUGAUGCUGAAGGUGGAAGUAGUAAACCUGGGUCACCUAGCUCGAAGAAACCUAAAGCUGCUACUGCUCAACCUAGAAAGACCACAGCUCAACGUGCUUUGGAAUUGAAGGAACGAGACUUGCGAGUCCUCAUUCGAGGUAUACAGAAAUGGGGAGAUAUCCGACUCCGUUACGACCCAAUUGUUAAAGAAGCCAAACUCGAAGCUAAGAACCGAGUGGUGAUCAUCCAGACAUGUGAAGAUAUAAUAACUCAAGCUGAAGAAGCUGUCACAUCCCAUAAAGCCCAUUUAAGGGAUUUACAGGAAAGAGGUGAACCCAUUAGCUCAUCCCUGAGACAAAAAGCUAUAUUAUUCACAUAUAAGAGUGUCACCGCCAUCAACGCCGAAACUGUCGUAGCGAGAUAUUACGAAUUGAAAGCUUUAGUAGAACAUUUCAAGAGAAUAGAAGAUACUUCCAGAUACCAGAUCCCCUAUGAUAGUUUGAAACCCACAAUGAACUGGACGGUGGAAUGGAGUAUUCAGGAUGACGCGCAUUUGUUGGUGGGUAUUUGGAGACAUGGGUUUGGAUCUUGGGAAGCCAUCUCUCAGGAUCCCGAACUUGGUCUGAAAGAUAAGAUUUUCCUUGAAGAUCCCAAAUCUGCCAAGGCCACUGAUCCAAAUGCACCUAAACCUGGUAUACCUGGACCUAUCCAUCUGGUUAGAAGGGGUGAUUACCUCUGUGGACUUAUCAGAGAAUACGAAGAAAAUCGAAGGAUGUUAGUGGAACAACAAGCUGUCAUUGCCAAUAUGCCCACGAAAGAAGGUUUCGGAUUCGAACAUCCUCCUUUACCUCCUAUCGCUCCUGGUAAAGCCAGUCCUGCGAUCAGUGCCACGACGUCCAAAGCUGAACAACAGGCCAAAGGUAAAAGAAGGAAAACUCCUGAAUAUACGGAUUCGGAUGAUGAAUCUAGCUACGAGUCGAUGGAUGAGGAUGCGGUUAAAGAAUUGCUUAGACCAGCGAAGAAGCAUCUUAAAAAGCUCAAAUCCGGAACUGAAAAUCUUAGUCGAGAAGACAAGAUUGCCGCUCUGAAAGAAUGUCUGGCAGGUAUAGGUCUGCGCAUAGAUGAGAUCGUAGCGGAGAAACAAUCGAGUGGUGAAGAUCCGAACAAAUGGAGAAAACAUUGUUGGGUUUUCGCAUCUUUCUUUUGGCCUAGACAAGGCGUUAACUAUUCUAAGUUGAUGGAAAUUCACGGAAAGAUGGUGGGCACGAUACCUGCUGAAAUUCCCAAGAAAUCGAAAGCCAAACCUAGGAAGAAAGCCGAACCCUCAGGAGAAAGGCCAAAGAAGAAAGUUAAGACUGAAGUCAAGACUGAAACAGCGGGAGAAGAUAUAUAG